GCCAUGGCGGCGCCCGGACCUGUGGGCCGCACCGCCCAGCGCUUGGAAGGGACAGUCUCCAACGAGUCGUCCAUUACUGCCAGGACGCAGGUGCCCGUAGUGUCUCCUGAGUCCCUCGAUCUGCCCGUCUCGCCGGUGCAGGUUUCGGAGCUACCUAGCAAGAACCUGUGGGAGCAGAUCUGCGAGGAGUAUGAAGCUGAGCUUCCUCCCUUUCCUGAAGGAUAUAAAGUCAAACAAGACGCUGUGGUUACUGUGUUGCCAUUGGAGGAAAUGGUUUUCCAUGGCUUCAACGCAGAACACCUUUAUCCAGUUCCUCGUUUAACCAUGGCCUCACAAGCAUCCUGUUCUCAAGUGAAACGGGAAACAGUUGACCCAAAAACAUGUUCCCCCAAAGAGUUUUUGGAAAUGUUCAUCUUUCCAGUUCUGCUGCCCGGAAUGGCUAGCCUGCUUCACCAAGCAAAGAAAGAAAAGUGUUUUGAGAGGAAAAGAACCAAAUUCAUUGCCUGUGAUUUUCUGACUGAAUGGUUAUACAAUCAAAAUCCAAAGAGGAUAGGGGAGCCGUUCACAGAAUUCUUCUCCAUUCCAUUUGUGGAAGAGUGGCUGAAACUGCACCCACGGCCGGCAAUCCCGCUCUCCCUCCUGCUGACAGCAUCGGAAGCAGCACUCUGUAUCCAGUCCUUCUGGAGAGCCUAUCUGGUUCGCUGCGAUCCUGAGAUACAAGAAUUGCGUCAGUGGCAGAAGAAGCUGCGAGAGGACAAGCACAUUCGCCAGCGAGUCAAAAUCUUCUGGGCCAAACAAGAACAAAAAGUGAAAUGCAAAAUGGAGGAUGAGAAAGAGGCUGCAGCUAAGACUCCACAACCUUAACAGCUGUCGGCGUCUCUCCCACUCUAAGCUCCAAUGACCCAACUGGAGGACAAUGUUCUAGCUAUGUUUCCUCUAUUAUGUUUUCUUGAAGGACUAGAUCUGGUACAUUCGGAUAAGGAUCUUUUUGUUGCAAACAUAUUGUAGUGCAAAUAGUUUAUCAUAAAAAAGUAGUAGUUUUAACUUUCUGCAUUAUCCCCCCCCCCGAUUUUAUUCUUUCAUCUAUUUCUUCAGCAAUAUACUUCUACAUCACCCACUGCUAAAACGUACAAUGAACUCUAGUUCCAAGGGAUGUUGAAAUGUUCUAGUUACCAGCUUCCCACUUUUGGUCGCCUUUGCAAAGAUCCAUGUUUAAAACAAAGUCCCAAACCUCUGCAGUGGGUUUAAGUUUAUCCGCUGAGCAUGCUUAAAAAAAAAAAAAAAAGGACAUCAUUGCCUGUGAUCCUUUCACAAGGAGGUUGACCCUGAACUUUGACUGCAAACCUAGCAAGAUGAGAUGCUUAAACACAGGCAACUAUAACAGAUAAAUACGUUUUGUUGUCUGUGCCCCAAAACAUUAUAGAAAGUUUCUCAUUUCAUGGGUAAACUGACUUAUUAUCUUCAAUUGUUCCACAGUUUGCUGUUACCCAUUUUUGAAUGGAUUUUCCCAUUCAAAAUGCCACAGACUUAGCCUCCAGGCGGAUCUGAAAGCCAAACAGUUGUAUGGGGUUGUUUUGACAAGCUACCACACGUCUUAAGUAAAUAGUAAAGCCUUUAUUUUUUUGUGUUAAGAACAGCAUUUUGAAAAUAAAACCUAUCUGCCCAUGCUUUACAACUUUUUAAAUCUGUAAUAUUUAUUAUAUACAGUCAUUUAUGAUACAUGUUGAUUGUCUUGAAAUUUCUUUAACGAUGUUUUUUUAAGUAUGCAACAGUCAGCCAGGGGAGGAUAAAGGUACAUUAUAAAACACACAUUAAUACAUUUAAUAAAUAUAUAUUAUCUAUCAAAAAUGAGCCUUAGCUCUUUAUCAAUUAAUAAAAAGCACCUGCUGAGAACUCCUGUAAGCUGGUAUAAUCAUUGCAUCAUUGGAUUAUAAAAGCCACAAUGCUCCCUUUCGGUUCAGGGUUCAACUCGGCUUUGCCUAACCAGGAAGACCACCCCCACUUUGCCCAUGUUUCCUGGACCCUGACAGAAACUGUGCUAAAACAAUGGAUCCCCAGCUUGCAACAACAACCAGAUCUGCAGCCCUUGAGACACACAGAACUUCCCAGUCUGUCAUUCCCUGCUUCCCUCCCCGCUCCCAUCUCCAGGGGAGGAAUCCAGCACAGAAUAACCAUUUCCUAUUAAAGGGGAGAAAGAGUGGCUGUUAUAGUCCCAAGGUGAUUUUGAUAACUGGAUCUGGAAAGAGUUGUGCUUACAAUGAGGUGUUUUGAUCACAGAAGCUCUCCUUCCUGGUCAUGCUCCCCAACGUCUUGUUUACAACAGAUCUGAAACAGCGGUGCCAUUUAAUUUUGUAUUUAAACUUCACUUGGUGGGGGCGGGGGCUGCCACAGUCUCUCGGCAAAGAUGUCUCUUCGUACCCUUCAGGUGAAGUCCUUAGAGAGAGAACAGUUUACUGCCCUCCCCCUCACUCCCUGCCUCCCACCCACCUCCGCUGGGAGAGCACUCAGCCGCCUCUUGACCUUAAAGCCAAAAUAAAAUAAAACCCAGAAGCGCAAAAAACUAUCAGAAACUUGAAAAGAAAAAGGUCUCAUUUAGUGAGGUUUCCUGUGGCUCAAAGCCAGUUCUAUUUUUGCGGUGGUGAAACAUUGCUUUCCGCCUGGAGCCAUCUCUGCUGUGUUCACCGUGCACGCUUAGACCACCAAGAACUUAGAAUAUGAUCGUGUGAGUUCUCCGCUCUGCAAGUGGUGGGGGGCCUCUUGCAGCCUGAGCCCCUGAUGGGAUCAGAGAGCUCCGAAGGACUCCAGGGAGCAGGGGUGAGCCACUGUUUCCUGGCAUGAGAACAUGUAUCGUGGCCGCUUUUCACCGGACUGGACCGAGGUGUUCGGAGAUUUCUGUGAUUUUCAGAAUUCUAGGUCCACAUGCGUCCUCCCGCACUCUCAACCCCAGCCCAGGUCUUAGCUUCUCCCCCCCUACCCCAAUACUCCCCAUGGCAGUACCCACCCCCCAACCCGGGGUAUUCCUGGCACAGAGGUCUCGGAUCUGACUCUCUCUAGAAGCAAGCACGUGCUCCGGGUGGGUGGGUGCUUCCCUGCUUCCCCCGGUCGGGUAUGCCUCCUCUUCCCCAUGCUGGCAACAUGUGGAAAUGGGCUACCUUGGAGGAGGGCCACACUGGGGCCAGAUUGGCCUCCCUACCUGGGUGCUUUGCAAGGACGGGGACAGGGGAGGGCGAGGAUGGGACACACCAGACUAGGGCCUCAAGAAAAAUCAGAAGGUUUAUUAAAACAUACUCAGCUCAGACAUAUUGGCUUUUGAAGAGGUCAGUUUCCCCCCAAACACUAACCUUUUUCAUUUUCUGUAAAGGUUAAAGGCUUAUGGGUUGUUUUAUAGAAAAAAAAAAAAAAA